AUGUUUGGGUGUGGCAAGCAGGGGAGUAAGGCACGCAGCAAGACUAAAUUGUCAUCAUCUAGAAUAGACUUAUAGUUGUUUAUAGAUCCAAUUCAUUGGCUACUUUAAGAGCUCAACUAUGCUGAGCGGAUUGGGGUUGGCGCAGCGGUCUAUUUGGCGGCAGUGCUGGUAUACCUGACAGCUGAGAUAUUAAAGCUGGCAGGUAACGCGUCUCGUGACGACAGGGAGACUGGCAUCAUUCUGCAGCAUUUAGAGUUGGCCAUCUGCAACGACGAGGACCUCAGUAAGUUGUUGGGCAGUGUCUCCAUUGCUCAGGGUGGGGUCUUGCCCAACAUCCAGGUGGUGCUACUGUCCAAGGAGAAGACUGAUGGUCACCAGCACCACAAGGCCCAGAGCAAGUAG